UCUUUGUUGAACCAGCGUUUACCCCAGGGUUGCGUACUCUUGCUAUUCCUUUUGAGUGUAGUUCCAUCUGAAAUAAGGCUGCUGGCAGGAAGGAAAGCAAAGUUGUUAUCAUGCACAACCCACUACCAUCUCCGUCCCGUGCUAUGUACGGGUUCGCUCUGUAUAUUCUAUCUGCGGUCGUAUUCGGGGUGUAUCUGGUGUGGGCCUAUGUUCCAAGUGAUUGGCUGAGAAGCGUUGGGAUAGUGUAUUUUCCUCAGAAGUACUGGGCAGUGGCGGCUCCCAUCUACUUUGCGUCCUUGUUCCUCUUUGUCCUGGCAUUGUAUGUUGGUUACUCACUGGUGCUAACACCACACCUAUCCUCCAUCAACACUAUUCAAGAUAAGCACUCCAAUCCUCCGCUCGAGUCUCCGUUCGGUGUUCGCCUCCGACGCAGUGACGGCGGUGCAGGACCUGGCGGUGAGGAGGAACCUGCGGCGAUUCCUCACAUUGGAGACAUCCCGGUGCACCACGUCAAUACACUCCUGUACAGGGAGAGGCUGUCUGCCAAGAGCUGAGCUAUGUAUUGUAUCCCCUACUCCUCCUGUACAGGGAGAGGCUGUCUGCCAAGAGCUGAGCUAUGUACUCUAUCCCCUACUCCUCCUGUACAGGGAGAGAGACUGUCAGCUGAGACCUGAGCUGAGCUAUGGACUGUAUGUACUCCUGCAGGCCAUGGCAUGAGUGAGAGAUAUCACCUGGUGGAUCAUUGCAGGGGCAACAAAGACUUGACGUCCCAUGAUUUCUGGGCGAAAACGCAACCGACGAGUUCCACGGAUCAUCAACGUGUGAAACGUGUGUGCACACCACGCGGCGACUGGCAACAUUCCUGUUGAUCACCACUCGGCCUUGGUUGUGAUGCCUUUCUGUAUCCCAGUGGACAUGCUGUGUGGAUCUGGUGUAUAGCAGACUGCAAUAUCCACACUGUCAAAGCAACGCCAUCACGGAUAAAUUCUGGCUCAAGCAUAGGGAUACUGAAGGCUUCCGGCGAUGAGCCAGCACUCCUAGACUAUCUGAGCCCAAGACUGGACCCAGCAGUGUGGCUAGUGAUUACACACUUGUUGCAUCAGUGAUCUGAGCCACUGGGAUGAUGCAUCUGAAUUUCCCCUGCCAGUGGAGCAGUUACUUCUCCUCGCUAUAGCUGGGUGGAGCUGAAGAAGACUAUCAUAAUUAUUAUUAUUGAGAGAGAGAGAGAGAGAGAGAGAGAGAGAGAGAGAGAGAGAGAGAGAGAGAGAGAGAGAGAGAGAGAGAGAGAGAGAGAGAGAGAGAGAGAGAGAGAGAGAGAGAGAGAGAGAGAGAGAGAGAGAGAGAGAGA